AUGACCGGCAUCACAGCGACAUGGAGGAAGGUUGCUUCUUCGGAGAUCCUUAAACGCUCUUCUCAGAUUGUUUCCGUUAUUGGCGACAAAGCCUUGAUCUUUGGGGGUGAAUUGAAGCCCCGAGAGCCGCGAGACAAUGACGUUCACGUUGUAAGCUUGGGAAAGUGUAUCUCCCUGUUGUCAAGAACGACGUCUGCACAAGCUCCCUCUCCUCGCGUAGGCUCUGCUUCGGCGGUCAUUCAAGAAAAGAUUUACCUGUUUUCCGGUCGCGGAGGCCUCGCCAUGGCGCCCAUUGAAGAGACUGGAUCAGUAUGGGAGUUUGAUUCAACUUCAUCCGCGUGGUCUCAAAUUAAACCAGACGAGGACAGCGCAUACCCAGCCGCCCGCAGUUACCACUGCAUGGCAAGCGAUGGCGUUGACACGCUCUUCGUCCAUGCUGGCUGUCCUGAAACAGGUCGCUUAUCCGAUCUCUGGGCGUUUGAAGUGUCCUCGAGGAAGUGGAUUCAGCUUGCGUCUGCGCCCGAGCCACCGAGAGGUGGAACUUCGAUUGCCUUUGCCAACGGAUUACUCUAUCGUAUGAAUGGAUUCGAUGGCAAGACCGAGUUGGGAGGAAACCUCGAUGUGUACGACUGCAAGUCGAACACUUGGAGCUCGGUGACGUUCCCUGCGGACGAUAUUUCCGGGCCUUCUCCACGAAGUGUCAGCGCACUUGUAGCUUUGAACAUUCGCAGCAGGUCGUCAAUUAUCACCCUAUUUGGUGAACGCGACCCCAGCUCCUUGGGUCACCAGGGGGCCGGCAAGAUGGCAGGAGAUGUGUGGGCGUACGACAUCGAAUCUCGGAAAUGGCGUGAGGUCAAUUUUACGGAAGGGCACGAGCCUGCUGCAAGAGGAUGGUUUGCCGCCGACGUCUUGAAAUCACUAAAAGGAGAUGGUCUGGUUGUGCACGGUGGUCUUGGUGAGAACAAUGAGAGACUUGAUGAUAUUUGGGUGUUGGAGUUCUGA